GAUUGGAAAGCAGCCAACCAUGAUGCAAAGUUGAUUUGGCAGCAGAAGGAAUGCUACACCACAGAUUGGAAGAAAGGGAAAGACUUCAAGGAGUGCCAGGAGGAAGGCAUCGAGUCGUUUCCCACCAUCAAGUACUACUACGGCAAGAAGGAUCAGUUUGGUGAGGAGAUCCUGGAACAUAGCGACAAAGACCGGCUCUUGGACUUCGUCGAGAGCCGAGCGGAUCCCCAGGCUUGGGAUCAGAAGACUGCAGCCUUCGGACUUACGCCGGAGCAAGAAGAUGCAGGUUUGAGUGCAUCUUGGGGUGAUGGACAAUACAUGCAGCCGGCCGUUCGCUAUGGUGGUGGCCGGGUCGUGGAUUACUUCUCCCAAGACUGUGUGCAUUGCAAGCACCUGAAGCCAGUGUGGAAGAACGCACAGCACAUGUGGGCUGAGAAGCAUCCCGGUGCAAAGAACGUGGAGUGGGAGGAGAAGGAGUGCUUCGGAGCACGAUGGGAGCCUGGGAAGGACUAUGGUGAGUGCCAGACGCAGGGCAUUCAUAGCCUCCCGGAUCGGGACAAAAAGGAAUGA